AUGGGCUACGAUUCUUGCAAUCAGAUGCUCACGAAGCCCAAGACUGUCUGGUUGACUGCACGUUGUCGUGCUUGUGGUACUCUUGAUCAUCCUCUCCGUCACCUACAACAGUCCUCUAGAGCGUCGCGGGUUGUUGACGACCCAACUCGGUACCUACUGAUCUCGAUGGACAUGAAGACGUCGGACGAAAUAGUUCGGCAGAAUCUCACCGAAUGGGUGAACGGCGGUGUAGUCAUUGAAGAUCAUCGGUAUUCUUUCCUUGGAUUCACAGAAAACCAUGUGAGAAAAGGCCGCAUCAUCUUCUUUCGAGAAGAUGAGAACUGGACAGUCGAUCGCCUUCUUUCUUACCUUGGAGAUGGGUUGCGAGACGUCUUCAUGAGCUCAGGUUACGGCAAAUAUGCCGCGCGUCUUGGAUUGUCGUUCUCUUCGACCUGGGAAUCGCUCAAUGUCCCAGAAGACCAAACUGUAUUAUUACCUCCUUGGAAAGCUGUCGACGGGUCUGAUCAUAGCGACGGUUGCGGUAUGAUACGUGAUUCGUUCGCUGCUCAAGUCUGCAAGCACCAUGAUCUUCCUAUAGACACAACUGUAUUCCAAAUUCGUCGUGGCGGGAUCAAAGGUCUCCUCGUCCGCUAUCCUGACCACAAGUUCGACACCUUGUGCUGUGCUGCUAAUUGCAGGAGCCAAGCUCUCGUCGCGUAUCGGCAGUCAAUGUCGAAGUACGAAGGUGGACCAACAAUUCUGGAGUUAAUUGGCUAUUCCCACUGUCUGGGUUCAGCACGGCUCAAUUUCAGUUUUAUUCUACUUCUUCUCACACUCGGUAUCAAGCUUGAGGUGUUCAAGCGCUUCCUCAAGGAUCAACUUGAUCUAAUCGGGUGUAUUCUGCACGAUCGCGACGUGGCCGAAAGAUACGUUAAGGGUGAACUGGAUGCUGUAGACAACGGGUUUGGCCAAGAUUUGUACGCGUUACUGCUUGCCAAGCAUGACUUGAAGGAGCCUUACGUACGGUGGAAACUGCAACAAUACCAGCGGACGCAGUAUGAACAACUUCGGAAGAAGAUGAACCUGCGUGUUGAGGACUCGUGCUACGUGUAUGGUGUUGUGGACGAAGACGGUAUACUUGCGGAAGAUGAAGUCUUCAUCAGCCUGCCUGCUCGAACUGGAGUGAUUGUCAGAGAGGUGUUGGUCUGCCGGAACCCUGCGUAUGCUGCGGGAGACCUGCGAAAGUUCCGCGCCGUCAACUAUGAGACACUUAAGCAUCACAAGUAUUGCAUAGUCUUCUCAAGAAAGGCUGCUCGUUCCAUCCCGGACACAAUGUCUUCUGGAGAUCUCGACGGAGACACGUACUUCGUGACCUGGGACCCCACCCUUCUUCCACAAAAGAUGGCGCCUCCACAGGAAAGACGAAACGUUGCCCAUGCAGCUGUCGAUCCUUCACAGCACCGAAGACGUAGUGAUCGACUUGCACACGGUAUGGCACAAGCAGCAGUCGAAACGUUUCUUCGGUACAAGUUCAACGCUGUUGUCGGUACGAUGGUGAACGAGUGGAAGAGGGAGGCUCAGGCUACCUCGCUACUCGCUGAUGCACCGUAUCCCCGGGCUCUAGUACCAAUCAUUGAAUCUGCACAUGACAUGUUGAAGUCUGGCAGUGAUCCAGAGAUGAUCCGGAAGCAAUUCUAUGCCUUGAAGAAAAAGACUUGGCAGAAGGAGACCACUUUCACGAGUCCCAUUGAUGUUCUGCGUGGGCUCAUUCCGGAGGCAAAUUCGCAGAGUAUAACCAAUUUUAUCUGUGACCCUGCCUUGAUUCUGCGCGGGGAGGACGAAGAGAAAUGGCGAUGGUUCUCUGAAGAAGCUCGAAUUCUUCUUCCUCAAUUUAAUAGAGCUCUCAGGGAUGCCAUCAGGUUGGAUGAAGAUGCUAGUGACGAUGAUACAUCCGAGUCUCCUCGAUACCAAGACAGGCCCAUCAGACACAGCGAACAGUGCAAGUUGGAUUACCAGGGACGCUACUUUGGAGGAGGCUCGCAUUAUGAUCUAUAUCUGCAAAAGCUCAGGGCAUCUGCAUGGUAUUGUUAUGGAUACAGCCGGAAGAAAGUUGCUUUUGCGUGGUUGGGUGAGCGGUAUCUGAACGAUAUUCGAGCCCAUUGGACAAAUGGCGGAAAACCUAUCUUGUACAUUGCGACUCAACUGGUCGCAGCAGCCGUCCCCCUCAGUCUCACCCACCAGGGAAUCUUUCUGCACGCACAUCUAGAGCGAUCCGUGUGUGCGCGCGGUCGUCUUCCCAAUUAG